ACAGUUUCUCAUAUCAAUUAAGUUUAUUUGUUUAAAUGUGAUACAUUAUUGCUGUUUAUCAGCAAGUAGGGAGGGAUGGGUGGAUGAAGCCUUGAGAAGCUUUGAGGUUUUAAUCUGAUUGUGCCGGGGAAUGUAUUGAAAACUCGGAAUAUCGAAAACAGCGACAUCUUGCGGUUUGGAAAAAUUAUAGCAACAACAAAAAAAACUCGAGAGGACUGGUGUUCCAUCUUUCUCACACUGGCUCCUUCUGGAUAAGAUUGGACAUCCCUGCUCAAGAGCGUUGAUUAAUCUCAUUUAUAUAGACUUUUAAUGUGCACAAAUAUGUGGUGUUCCAAAAGUCUGUACGUAGGGGACUGUGUGUACCAGGAUCAUGAUGGUUGUGCCUUCGUUAGUGGAUGUUCAUGGAUGUCCACUUUUCUCGUUUGGCCCACAACACUUCCAGUCCAUCGCAACCUGAUUGAACCAUGAGAAUGAUUUCAAUACAUUCUUCUAUUUUCAGAAGCAUUCUUAAAGGCUAUCUGAGGGGAAAAAAAUGUUAAAGUAUGAAAAAUCUUGGAUGACAUUUUGUUAAAAAGUGUUAAUUUCCCCUAUGUGCAUGGAGACUUUUGGGACACCCUGUGGAAGCCUGACAUUACGUGUUGAUUUAUCUUCUGAUAAACUCAUUUACUUAUUAAAACAUUGCUAUAAAUACAAAACAGGUGUCAAUUUUAUUGUCAGUCUGAUACAGUAAAAUAAUGUUUAACCAGUGGUACAGCUCAGCUACAGUCUUGCCACCACUCAACCAGUCCAAAUAAUGACCCGUGAUGUAAGAUGGGGUUUUGAACCUUCUGACAAACAAAGCGAAAUGGUCAUGUGAUUGGACCGAGGCUUCAUUUGUCAUCGAUCAUAUGAUCAAAAUGAUACAAACUUUGAUAUAGAGCUUCAGUGGGAUUUUGUCUACCUGCUCGAAACACGUCUCGGUAUCAAAUGCAACAUCAUCAUUAGAUAAUGGGAUCAGUUUAUUUCCAUUAGCUUAUAAUGAUUAAGGAUAUGGUUAAACUAAAACUUAUUUUAGUUUAACAAGUUAGGAACAAAUUAUUAUUUCAUUAGCUUGCCUGAUGGGGCAAGUAAAAUUCAAUAAAAAAAUUUAUUUGUAUAGCACUUUAAAAAAGACCUGAUAAUCAGCUGUGCAGAAAUCCAGAUGUUGAGAAGCCAGAGGUGACAGUGGAAAAGAAAACCUCAUUGAGAUGACACGAGGAAGAAACCUCAAGAGGAAUCCUUCCUCUUCUAUGUGAUAGUGGGAUUAUAAAUCAUUCCAGCAUACAGAUGUAGAAGAGUAUGAGGAGAACCGACUGCAAAAAUGCAACAGGUGUCCAAUGAUCUUCUUCUAGGAAUAGGCUCUAGUGCACAUAGAAAUGUCCUGAUGCAGUGAUGUGCCUGAAUUGUUGUACAGGGUGAUCGCUGUUGGUAAAAAUGACCUCCUGUACUGUUCCUCGCUACAGCAGAGCUGAUUGAAUCUGUUUCUAAAGGUGCUCCUCUGUUUGACCAAUAGGUCAAUGAGGGGAUGUGAUCCAUUGUCCAGGAUGGAUAAUACUUGAUCUUCAACUAUUCCUUAAGAAAAUAAAGCCUGUUCGUCCCCUUCCUGUACACAGCCUGUGUGUGGACACCAAGAUAUUUGUAGUUGUCGACCAGCUCAACAUCCUGUCCCAUGAUGUAUGACUAUGACAUGCAGACUGUGUGACUAUACCAAUAACGCACUUGGAUCACCGAUUUGGACCCUUUUGUAGAGUCCAAUCUGCUCAAGCACCCCAAACGUCCAGCAGCACCUCAGGAUAGUCCUGGGUGGGUCAAUCCCAGCCACCAUCUUCGAGUCUGUCACUGCUGAGGGGCUCAAAGCUGUCCAGUGCCAUCAAGUUUGUUAAUCGGGACCUUUUAGACGUUUUGUAAUGGAGUCAGCAGAGGUGCAGCCGAGCCCUUUUAGAACAUCUCGCUCACAGAAUUCGCUGGUAUCAUUCAGCGUUCCAUCAAUGAUGGUGAGUCGUCCUGGUCCAGAUGCAGCAAAACAGCUUUGUGGGGAUCUGAGGACAGAAACCUGUACAGAUUCAGAUAGAGGGACACCAAGCUGUGUGGGACACAUCAAGGCUGUGAACCAUCAGAAACAUAUAAAAAAGGAAGACACUGAAAAAGAAGGCUCCCUCUGUGGAGUGACCUCAAGCGCUGUGGGAGACAUUACACUUGUGGAUGCACAGAAAGCUGUAAUAAAGGAAGAACCUGAAGAUGAAGACUAUCUCUGUGAAGGAACAUCAAGCCCUGUGGGGCACAGCAGCCCUGCUGAUGAACCGAAUGAAGAAUUUAAAAUUAUGCUUGUGAAAGAGGAAGAGUCUGAAGAUGAAGAAAUGGAUGAUGAUCAGUUGCAAGUCGUCUCCUGCUCCUGGUGUUCACUUUCCUAUACGUCUCAAAUUGACCUCGAAAAGCACAUCAGGACAAACCAUAAUGACGAAUAUGAGAAAGUGGUGAUAUCAGGAGAGAUUCAAUAUGAGAAUCUAAUAUUGACAGGAAGCUCCAGUAUUCAGCAAAUACCUCCUGAUACUGUCACCAGUAACAACUCUAAUGGACAAAUGCAGAAAGUCUAUCAUUGUUUGCAGUGUGGGAAUAGAUUCACAAACAAGAGUAAUCUUAAAGCACACCAGCGCACUCACACAGGAGAGAAGCCGUAUCAGUGCACUCAGUGUGGAAAGAGUUUUACUCGUCAGAGUUCUCUCCAGCAACACCAGGUCGUUCACACGGGAGAGAAGCCACAUCACUGCUUAGAGUGUGGAAAGACUUUUACUCGACAGAGUUCUCUCCAGCAACACCGGCGCAUUCACACAGGGGAGAAGCCACAUCACUGUUCAGAGUGUGGGAAACGCUUUCCUCGUCAGAGUGAUCUCCAGAAACACCAGCGCAUUCACACAGGAGAGAAGCCGUAUCAGUGCUCACAGUGUGGAAAGAGCUUUAGUCAAAAAGGCAAUCUUCAAACACACCAGCAGAUUCACACAGAAGAGAAACCAUAUCACUGUUCGCAGUGUGGGAAAAGUUUUACCUGGCAGAGUACUUUUCAAACACACCGACGCAUUCAUGCAAGAAAAGCCAUAUCAGUAGUCACAGUGUAAGAAGAGUUUUACCUGUCUGAGUGACCUCCAGUGACAGCAGCGCCUUCAGAUAGUAGAGAAGCUACAAGAGAUACACCUAUUCACAUAAUAUACACAAUUAACAUUACAGCUAGUGGAUUCCCAGCUGCUGAUGCCAUAAAAAUAUCAAAGGAUGCUCUGUUGCAUUUUUUAAAUAUUGCCUUAAGAUCGAAGUGGAUUGGUAAAUUGAUAAACCCAAAUCUCAAUUCAAUUUUUAUUGGUAUAGUGCUUUUAACAUUGGACACUGUCACAAAGCAGAAAACCUUCACUAGUAAUUUAUGUUCCUUGAAUAAACUGUGCUGCUUAAUGUGA